UCCGCUCGGACCGGAAAACCGGCUUGCCUCCAUGAUAGAGAAAUGGCUGUUCUCUCUCUUACAAUUCAUUAGCAACAAACCUUGACGAAUCGCUAAUGAUUUGUUUUAGGGACCGAAUUAUUCUACCGAGAGUGGCUGCUGCACUGUUUUGUGCUGUAAAAUAAUAUGAACGCAAAUCUUGUGUUCAGUCUCUAAUCUGCAUGAAGACUGAGUCUUGGUGUUAGCUAGCUACCUGCGAGCCGGCUAGCGUGUUAGCUGCUAAGCCGAGAGACCGAGCCACCUGUCACACAGCACUGCUCGCUACAGGCGGUUAAUGGCAAAUAAAUAGGACUUCGGACGAGUGGAGAAGUGUGUUUUUUUGUUCUUUUGGUUCAGCAUAAGUGAUUAAACCGGGUAUCCCCGCGCCUAAAUGCCCGAACAAGGCCCCAGGAUGAAUGGGUUUUCUCUCGGCGAACUCUGCUGGCUGUUCUGUUGUCCGCCCUGUCCCAGUCGCAUCGCGGCCAAGCUAGCUUUCCUCCCACCGGAGCCCACGUACUCGGUGCACACCGAUGCUAACGGAGUAACUAGCUUACAUUUAACCGAGCGGGCGGACUGGCAGUAUUCCCAGCGAGAGCUCGAUGCUGUGGAAGUCUUCACCACCAGAAGCAGCCGAGGUAACCGGGUCGGGUGCAUGUUUGUGCGUUGUGCCCCGAACAGCCGGUACACCCUGCUGUUUUCCCACGGUAACGCCGUGGACCUGGGACAAAUGUGCAGUUUCUACAUCGGCCUCGGCUCCAGGAUCAACUGCAACGUGUUCUCGUAUGAUUACUCAGGCUAUGGAGUCAGCACCGGCAAACCGUCUGAGAAGAAUCUGUAUGCGGACAUCGAGGCGGCCUGGCAGGUGUUGAGGAAUAAGUACGGGGUAACACCUGAGAACAUCAUCCUGUACGGUCAGAGCAUCGGCACCGUGCCCACCAUCGACCUGGCUGCUCGCUACGAAUGCGCCGCUGUCAUCCUACACUCACCGCUCAUGUCAGGGCUGCGGGUGGCCUUCCCCGAUACACGCAAGACCUACUGUUUCGAUGCUUUCCCCAGUAUUGACAAGGUGUCCAAGGUGGCAUCCCCAGUGCUGGUGAUCCAUGGCACAGAGGACGAGGUCAUCGACUUCUCUCACGGUCUGGCCAUGUACGAGCGCUGCCCCCGUGCCGUCGAGCCCCUGUGGGUGGAGGGCGCCGGCCACAACGACAUCGAACUGUACGCUCAGUACCUGGAGAGACUCAAGCAGUUCAUCUCCUUCGAGCUUCCGACCUCCUGAGGGGGGGCGGGCAGCUCAGCCGUCAGGCCAGGGUUCAUCUCAGCACAGUCAGGAAGCCUCCUCCUUAUCAUCUUCCACUCUCAGUAAAGAGGGGCAGGAGUGGAGUAAAACUGAUCACACUGUUCUCCCCCUGUUCCUGGAGCCAUUUCAGGGUGGGAGCGUGUAGUGGACUGGAAGAGGAGGUGGUUUUAGAUUGUUGAGGUGCAGCUGAGCGUUAAGACCAGUCCCUGUAGUGUCCCUAAAACCUGGUUGUUGCUCCUACAUGUGGACCCAGUUUGCCAACGAGCCCGAGCCUAGACAGUGUUUGCACUCGCUGCUCAGUCUGGAUUCAUUUCCCACUCCAGAUCUCAGCCCUCCUUCCUUCCCUCCCUCCUUCCUCUACUGACUUCUGCUGUCUCCCUCACCUUUUCUGUGUCACUGUCUCUUAUUCUUCACUCUGCUUCUCCCACAAUCCUCUGCUUUCCUUUUGACUGAGAGUCUUUGCAAUGUUCAAGCUUGAUUUUUGUAUUCUUUUAUACCAGGUGAUGAAGUAUCAAUUUUGCACCUCGAGAAACAAAUGAAGUUUUUUACUUUUUAUGUAUUUUUAAGUUACCAUUCAGGGUUGAUUAAAGAAGUUGCACUUUUUUACGUGCAGACAUUUUCAGGUAAUGAUUUUUUUUUCUGUGUUUGAAGAUGUUGAUUUCUUAUGUUAUUGCCAUUCCAUGUUUUUCUUAAUUGCAAUUAGAAACUUUUCUUUUUGUUUUCUUUCUUUAAGUGUGUGUUUAAAGCUGUUAGCCGGACUGCACUCCUGCACAUCUGGCCGUUGUAGCUGUGAUCUUUGUUGUCCUGGUGCAUGCUGCUCUCACAUACAGAGGAAGGAUAGAGAUAAGCACCAAAUUCCACUGAGAAAUACAGCAAUUUAAAACGUGCCUUGCUUAUUGGCACAUGUACACAUAAUUCUGGGAGGAAAUUGCUCAAGUCCCUUGAACACUUUGGAGCCACUGAUAAAUUCAGCAUCAUCAGGACUUGCUUCCAUAAAAUGCCAACAUUUAGAGUUGAAAUACACCAUGAAAGGUGACUUAAAGGAGCAGGUACAUCUGAAGGUACCAAAGUCUUCAACAUGUCAAUGGGUAGUAUAAACUGAUUUUAUUGAUAUAUUUUGUCAGUUUACAAACGCAUCUUGACAUUGUUGAAAAAGUGAUGUUGCCUCAUAACUCUCAGUCUCAUUUAGUUUGAUCAUUUUGUGCAUUUCUGCAUCUAAAUUCUCACCUGUUGCAUCUGUAAAUUGCAUCAUACCAGGUACAUACCUUUGCCACUAAGAAACACAGCAGUAAAUAUGCCAGAUGUUGGGUGAUAUAGAAGCUUACCUAACUAGAAGAGAGCAGCAGGUACCAGGGCUUUGCCUCUGUUAACUGGAGAUCAUGUGGUAAUAAGACUUGACAGCUGUUUCAAACAGAAACACACUUGACUCAGUACUGUAAACUGAAGCCAGGGAGCGUGGUGCUGGGUUUACCUGCAAACAAAAGACACUGAAUCUUGUGAACCCUCCUCCAUGUGAGAGGUAUUUCAAGGUGAACAUGCUUGUUGCUGGGUUCGUAUUUAAUUUAUCAGUCGUUUCACACUACUAAUAAAAGCCUUACGUUUGUAAACAUUUCACCCAGACUUUCCCUGGCGAGGGGCUCUCGUGGUCUUCAGGGGGACUGAUAACUGCUGCUAUUCAUCAGAGGAAUCAAAUCAGUCGCUCGCCUGAAAGCCAGACAGAAUGGUACUUAAAACCAAAUUCAGCCUGACUAUCAUUCCCUUUUGUCAGCCAUGUUUUCCUGCCUGCAAUAGGAGAGGAAUCAGCCAGGGACUGCCCUCUUGUUACCAACACUGUCGUCUGCUGAGCCUUGUGAUAGUUUGGAGAUAAGAGCAAAGAAAUCUGAAAUAACCACAAAAGAGGGAAAUUAAAAACUACGGAAAUAAGCAGCGCAUGCAGACCAUCUUUUAUAGUUGUGGACAUUUCAAUUUGUAUCAACUAUAUUUGAAUGAUUUGUUCUUUGCCCCUUACAAAUGGAAAUUGAAAUAAAUAUAACACUAAACAACACACUGUGGUAAAAAUAAAAAUAAUCAAAACACUCACUUUUGAAGUAAAUGCUGAGAAAACUUUAAAACAAAGCAACUUGUGAUGAUCGUUUGAUUGAUCCGUGUAUUGCUGUGAAGUGGUUUGUCAGUUGGGUAUUAAUGUUUUCUGAUUAUAGCUAAUGUUUGGGCCGAUGUUAUGGACAACGAGCCUGUGAUCAUCUCUAGUAUAUUUCCUCUAGCUCCUCUUUUUAAAAGGAAAUGAAGACCCUGCUUUGGUCCUGAUUUAUUGUUUUGAUACUGACAUUUUUACGAGGCUUUCCAGUCUAAAUGUUGAUAGAUUUACACUGUCUCUGAAGCUGGUUUGUAUGAUAAUCCUCCGUAAUGGUAAACUUCAGUAUCCCCUCUAUACAUAUUAGCCCUUUAUGCAGGGGCAGUCUAGUCUCAUUGAUUUUAACACUGGAAUCAUGAUAUGCAAAUGAAAGUCAGACGAUGCUUGUAGAAUCAGAUUUUGUAAUAGUGUGUAAAACAGAUGAAAUAAGCCUUAAAUAUGCCAUGAAACAGAUUGUCAUACAUGUGAUGGUUGUUGCAAGAAGGCAGCACAAUGGAUGUUUUAAUGCUUAUAAUGGAAUAAAGGAUGCAUGGAA